AUGACGCAAGCAGGGUGGGAGGCGGCCGAGCCUCAAGGGCUUGGCAAGGCCCUUUUGGUUGUGACGAUCACAUUCACGGCGGUGAUGUCGCUGGUGUUCUUUCUCCGAAUUGGAAUUCGUCUCCGGUACCAGGAAUUGAUGAGGGAGGAUUAUCUCAUGGGCGCUGGCUACAUGUUGAAUCUUGUCCAGAACGCCUUUGCCUGCUAUUGCGCGUACAACGGAAUCGGGCUGCCUGAUUCGGAUAUCCCUGGAGGUAAACAAGGGCCGACGUACAACGAGGGUCUAAAAGCUGUGUUCCUUUGGCAGUUGUUCUACCUCACUUCCAUGGCUUUUAUUAAAAGCAGCAUCUGUCUUACAAUUCUACGAAUCGCCAUUAUUCGCUGGCAACGAAUCCUUCUGUGGACGAUCAUCGGAUGCAGUUUCUUCGUCGCCAUCAUGCUCGACAUCUUCAUCCUCGUCGAAUGCCAACCCAUGCAGAGAAUCUGGAACGAGGCGCCCGGCUGGUGCUACCCCGACUCCGCCAAAGUCGCCAUUACAUUUAUCACUUCUGGCGUCAACAUCGUUACCGAUUGGAUUUGUACUAUUCUGCCCAUUUUCAUCAUCUGGAAACUCCAGAUGCCAAAGCAGAGAAAAAUUGCGCUUUGCGCCGUCCUGGGAGCUGGAUCUCUUGCCUCCAUUGCCACCCUCGUUCGCUUACCAUCAGCUAAGGCUUAUUUUGAAACCGAUGAUUAUCUUAAGGUGCUUGGAACCAAGGUUACGUGGACGAUUAUCGAGACCGACGUUGCUGUGAUUGCGGGAUGCCUACCAGCCCUCCGUCGACUCGUCAAGGGUCUGAGUUCCAACCGGCCUUCCGACGCGUACCGCAGCUCAGACAACAAGCUUUUGGGUUUCAUAAGCUGGAAGAGCUCGAAGAAGGGAAGCAAAGGAAGUCAAAAGGAUUCGCAGAAGGGAACCCCGAAGAUCCCUAUGAACCCCUACAGCCCCUACAGGACGGACAUGCCGAAUGACAGCCUCGAGGAAGUCGGUAGCACCAAGGGUAUAAUACUGCCGGGGACUGCAAAGUAA